CGGCCAAAAAGCCAGAAAAAAAAAAAGAAGGUGGACUGACUAGGAGGCAGGAAGCUUUCUUUCAUCGGGCCGGCUUGGUUACUCCUGUCCGUUCUGAGUCAACUAGCGCCUACGCUUGCUUCGCCUCAAAAGCAGCCUCGCAGCCUUUUUGAUUGUUCUGUCCCCGCCCUGUCACGUCGCGUGCUUGACUCCGGACCGGCUCGUGAGUCGUAUAAGGAGAGCAAUAAAAAGAAAAGAGCAGAGAAAAGAGCGCCGUUGAAAGUUGGAGAAGGACGCCCAACGCCAGAGAGGGCCCGCAGAAAACAUGAUCUUCUCAGGGCUGUACAAGAAGUCAAGGUCAAAACACCAGCCGCCCCUGGUCGUGCCCGCCGCCCAGCCCUCGCAGUACGAUGCCGACCUCGUCAGCAGGGACAAGACCAAGCAGAAGGAGGCCGUGAAGAGAUAUCUGGCCGAAAAAGUUCGUAACGACUGGUCCUUCCAGUGGCCGCCAGCCGUCGCCGCCCCGCCAGCCUGCACCGCCGUCGCCGCCGAGGCAGCCCCCGCUCCGCCCGCCGAGGCAGCAGCCCCAGCGACCGUCGUCCCACCGCCGCUGCCGUCGGUCGAGGGCGAGGUGCUGCUGGCCUCGGACGUCGCCGACCCCGACCAGAUCCCCGUCAGCGACCAGCUCUCGAGCGCAGAAACCGCCAUACCCGCAGCGGCGACGACCGCCCCCGCCGCCAACGAAGCGCCGCCGGCGCUGGUGGACGCGGCCGCCGGGUCCGCGGACCCCAGGGCCGACGAGCCCAUCGACUCGGGCGCCGAGGCCGACUCGGACAGCGAGUCGGUCUAUAGCGUCGUCUCGGAGGACCCGCUCCGCUACCGGCCGCGCGCCGAGUGGACGUCGGACCUGUCGGACGAUGACGGGGCGCGCGGGGGGCCGACCGUGUCGCCCUCGCCCUUCCGCUUCGACACGCCCGACUCGGUCGGCCCCGUCAUCCAGGCCUCGGCCCAGGCGCGCCGCGCCAAGCGCCGCAGGGCGACGCGCGACGAGGCGUCGUGGAACGAGGGCCUGGCCUGCUUCACGGCCCGCCGCGACGCCUGGACCGGCGCCCGCACCGUCCGCCUCAAGCCCAGGCCGCCCGUAUCGCCCCGCUCGCCCGCCUCGCCUCGCCGCAGCCUCUGGCGCUUCCGCUCCAGGGACGGCGGCGGCGGCCACGGCCACAACGACGCCGUCGUGCUGUCCUCGCCCACGGCCACCACGGCCACGUCCCCGGGCACGGCCACGGCCUCGACGCUGCCCCUGUCGCCCACCUCGCCCACCUCCUCGGCCCUCCCGCACAACGCCCUACACCUCCAGCACAUCGCCGGCGGGGUCGACACCAUCACUCCACCCGCCUCGGACGGCGACUCGCAUACAUCCUCAAAAAUCCCCUACCGCCGCUUUUGCAGCACCGGGGGGCGCACCAUCACAAGUAACGGCGACGGCGGUGGCGGCGGCAGCAGGACCUGCCACCGUGGCCACCACGUCCCCCCUCGCGUCCACCUACCCGGUCGAGACGGUGGUGCCGAUCCCGGCGCCGCUCCUCCCGCCCGCCAACGCCAUGCGCGCGUCCAUCUCGCCGGCCAUCUACCUGUCCAUCUACGACAAGGUCGUGUCGCACUCGCUGCAGCCGUCGUGCCCCAUCAACCUGGUCGACAUGAUGCGCAGCUGCGUCGCGGGUUGGAAGCGCGACGGCGAGUGGCCGCCCCGCCCGUCGGCCGCCGCGGGCCCGCCUGUCAUGGACUUUGUGUUGACGGCCGCCGUGGCCGCGGGCGGCGGGCCCUUCAUAUCCUCGGCCGCGUCGGCCGCCGCCGCCGUCAGGAGCAGGCGCCGCCGCGAGCGCGAGGAGGAGGAGCUGGCCGCCGCCGCACGACGCAGGCGGGAGCGCAGAGACAGCGCGGCGGCGGCGGGGGCGGCGGGAGGAGGAGGUGGUGGUGGUGGCCCGCGGCGCUUGAGCUUCGCGGGGCUCAUCGGCCGCGUCAGCAGCAACGACGGCGGCAGCGGCGGCGGCGAGGAAGGGAGCUCGCCGUCGUCGCCCAAGGGCAUCCGCAAGAGCAUCCAGCGGGUCCUAGGGCUAGGCCAGCACGGGCACGGGCAUGGGCACUCACAGUCUGUGGGCUCAGUGGGGAGUCCGCCACCGCCGCAGUGAGGGGGCUUUGGGUUCGGUAUUCUUGUUCUUCUUUUUCAUGAUUCCUUUUCUGUCUGUCGACAUACGUCACACAUGACCCCAUGACAGCCCCUCCGUUCCGAAGGCAAUAAUGAUGUUGCUAGAUACCCGGGUGACAAAAUCUCUUUUCUCUUCCUAAUAAUUUGUAUGGUCUGUUGGACCUGGGCGGGGUGAUCCAGGCUGGGCCCUUGCUUGUGGUGCUGGAUGUUGUAGAUCUCUGGGGUGAUCUUCAUGUCACACUACUCUGUCUCGCGUUUUGGACUACAUGUAGUUUGGCACAUCUUGAUCGUUUGGACACCUGAUAAGGUUUUUUGCAAGGCCUGUCAUGUCGACUGCCCAUCUUGAGGCUGUUAUCAUGUGAUGGAUAGUAUGGGCAGAUGCUAGGGAUGGGCGGGAGCGGACGGAGCGGAGCGGAGUGUAGGGGCGCUUUCUAGCUUUGUAUUUUGGUUCCAUUUUUGUUUUCUUCUUGGUUAGGUGUAAUGAACCAGCAGCAAUGACAGCGAACUAAACAUAAUGUUAUCACGAACAGUCACACGGGCGGAUCCAUAUGUGUCUGC